AUUGUAUAUGAUUCAGUCAUGAUAAAAAGGACCCAUCUUUGUCCUUUUCAUGUGUUUAGAUCUUGGGGUAUUUUCAAUUACUAAUAUUGAAAAGGUUGGUGAAGUUAUAGAAGAAAUUUUUUUUUGAAAUUCAUUGCGUCUUCUUUUUUAUUUUUCUCUUCUUUUGAGCUUCCUCUCAAGUUUUCAUUCAACAUAUAUAUAUCUUUUAGUUCCAAAUUUUGAUUUUUGAUCCAUUUUUUUGGCUUUGUAAAGGAAGAUAAAUUCUGGGUUUUGUUUGUUCUGAUUCCAAGUUUCAAUCUUUCAUUAAGUUUUUUUUAGCAAAAUUUGCUUGUUUUCCUAGCAGAUUUCAAGGGUUUAAGGUUUGACUGUGGAGAGGGUUUUGGUUAUUGAUGAAAUGAAAAAGAACCCAUUUUGUGCUUGUGAUGAUGGUGAAGAUAUAUGGUGUUGUAAGAACAAUUUGUUUAGGGUUUUUGGUAGCUCUGCUAUGUGUUUCAUUGACUUGCAGCUUAGAUUACAGUAAGGUUGAAGAAGAAGAAGCAUUUUUUAACCAAUUAGUAGAUCCAGUAACUGGAGAGAUUGAUGAGAAUCUGGCUGAGUUGUUGUGGAUAAGUUGUAGACAAGAUUUGAAUGGUUUAAAUGAAGCUUUUGGAGAUCCGAACUUAUAUCUUCUUGGGGAAACGUUCGGUACAACCAACGAUAUUACUACAAAAGGUUACUCAUUAGCAAAAGAAAACAGUCAGAACUUAAUUAGCGUUCUCCAUCCUGAGCUUAAACAAGCUAUUUCUGACUGCAUAAGAAAGAAUAAUCUUUUAUUCCAAGUAUCCGGAGAAGAUUGUGGCCUUAAGACUUGGUACAUUCGAUAUAUUGAUUCACUGUUUCAUUGGCAUGAUGUUCCUAGAAGGACUUUAGCUACUCAGAGCAUUGCAAUAGCCCCUUCCCCAAACUUAGGCCCGUCUAUAGCUCCGGCUCCUUCUCCUACUUCUUUUUUUCCUCGUUUGAGUCCAGCUUCAUUGCAAAGUCCGGCAUCUUUACCCUCUCCACUCCCUUCUACGAAUAAUCUUCCGGAAAGUACAAGUCCAACCAACGUAGAUCCGAGACACAAGGGGAAUGAUAAUAGUAGAACAAUUAUUAUUGCUUGUGUUGUGACUGCAGUAGUAACAUCGGUUGUUGCGGUGUUGUUCUUCAUUUUAUGCUGUCGUAGAGGUUCAGCAUCUAAACAAAAUGAUGAGAGGCCCCUUCUCAGUUUAAGCUUAAAUGAUUUCUCCGGUGGUUCUUCUCAUGCAUAUGCUUUUGGAACUAAUAAAGAAGAGAAGCUAGGACAUCAUCAAUCAUUAGGAAAUGAAUCAAGCCUACAUAAAAAGACCUCGAGUUACGGGAAUGUUUAUGUUGAAUCUAAUGCUCAACAAAUCUCCUUUGAUGGUGGGAAGUCAUCGUUCGGAGGUGUCGGUGCUGCCAAUAAAGCCUCAGUUGAAUCUUUUGAUACUAUUCCACCGCUACCAUUGCCUCCAGGAAGGGUCGGCGCUUCCCAACCUGGAUUACCUCCUUUGAAGUCUACUCUUCCUCCAGAACCUCCUGCCCCGAUUAGAGCUAGUUCUCCUCCACCACCACCACCUCCUGCCCCAAUUAGAGCCAGUCCUCCUGCACCACCUCCCGCACCACCACCCUCUAUGAAACCUGCUUCUGCCACUAUGGCCCCCCGACCUCCUCCACCACCUAUUCCUCCAGGUGCUAAACCUGGUCCCCGCCCACCACCUCCUCCAAGUACCGGUAUUGGUCCUCCUAGGCCACCUCCACCAAUGCCCUUAGGUUCCAAGGUGCCUAGACCACCAAGUGGACCGCAACGAACAGCAAAUGCUAUCUCUGGCGAGGGGUCUGGUUCAGUGGACGAUACCAAUGCUCCUAAAGCUAAACUGAAGCCAUUUUUCUGGGAUAAAGUUGCAGCUAACCCUGACCAUUCGAUGGUUUGGAAUCAGAUUAAAUCCGGAUCAUUCCAGUUCAAUGAGGAGAUGAUAGAAACCCUGUUCGGGUAUGCAUCUGCUGACAAGAACAAAAAUGAUAAAAAGAAAGAUGCUUCUACACAGGAAUUCGUGCCUCAGUACAUUCAACUCCUUGAUCCCAAGAAGGCACAAAAUUUAGCUAUCCUUUUGCGGGCAUUGAAUGUGACCACAGAAGAAGUUUGCGAUGCACUUCGUGAAGGAAAUGAGCUCCCCAUUGAACUCCUUCAAACAUUAUUGAAGAUGGCCCCGACGAUGGAUGAAGAACUCAAACUCAGAAUGUUCAAUGGUGAAAUUUCUCAACUCGGUCCUGCUGAGCGGUUCCUAAAAGUUUUGGUCGACAUUCCUUUUGUUUUUAAACGAAUGGAAGUGCUGCUUUAUAUGUGCUCUCUUUACGAGGAGGUUACUUUUGCUAGAGAGUCUUUUGAAACAUUAGAGAUUGCAUGCAAGGAACUCAGAAGUAGCCGCUUAUUCCUUAAGCUCUUAGAAGCUGUUCUUAAAACCGGAAAUCGCAUGAAUGAUGGGACAUUCCGUGGUGGUGCACAAGCUUUCAAGCUCGACACACUUUUGAAGUUAUCAGAUGUCAAAGGAGUAGAUGGUAAGACCACGCUAUUGCACUUUGUCGUCCAAGAAAUUAUACGCACAGAAGGUUUAAGAGCUGCCCGUGCUGCAAGAGAGAACAAAAGUUCUCUUCUUGAGGAUGUUUCCCCCGAUAUGGAAGAGCACUUCCAUAACCUUGGUCUUGAGGUGGUUUCACGUCUAAGUAGUGAACUCGAAAAUGUCAAGAAAGCAGCAGCUAUCGAUGCCGAAACCUUAACAGGAACGGUUGCCAAACUUGGCCAUGGACUCCUAAAAGCACGAGAUUUCUUGAAGUCGGAGAUGAAAAAUACGAACGAACAAAGUGGUUUCCAUGAAGCAUUAAAGAGUUUUGUGCAGAAUGCAGAAGUCGAUGUCACGUCAUUGCUCGAGGAAGAGAAGAGAAUAAUGGCAUUAGUAAAGAGCACUGGUGAUUAUUUUCACGGUAACGCACAUAAAGACGAAGGCUUACGCUUGUUCGUCAUAGUACGCGACUUUUUGAUAAUUUUAGACAAGGUUUGCAAAGAAGUUAGAAAUGCCCCAAGGAAACCGGUUAAAGCACAUAAAAAACAUGCUUGCAAUCCAUCAUCUUCUUCUUCUGAGUCUCGUCUUGCACCAACUUCUCUUGAUCCUCAUCAGAAGCUUUUUAAUGCAAUUGCCGAACGAAGGAUGGAAAAUUUUAGUUCUAGUUCCGAUGACGAGAGUUGAUACUCAAUAGUUUUCCUUUAAAACAAGCAGUCGAUGAAAAUCGGAAUCCAUCGAAGCAUUUGUGCCGGGAUUGUUCGAUAAGGGGGAUACAUUUAAAGUACCAGAAGAAAAGGGGUUCAAAUUCAAUGAUAAAAUUUCAUGAAGCUAACAUCAAAUACUGCAGCUGAGACCAUUACUGGAUUUUAUUGUUGAUUUUCCCCUUUUCAGCUCAUCUUGUUGUGCAUUAGUAGUUGGAUUAUUAAAGAUUCUUUCAUUUUUUUUUUCUUAAAAUUUAUAAUCCUUUUGUUAA